AAAUACUGUUGCCAUCAUGGACCAGUUUGGAUACAUAUCAGAAGGAGAAGUUGAUCAUUCUUUCUUUGACAGUGACGCUGAAGAAACGAAGAAAUGUGAAAGUAACUUAGUGUUUAACAAACAGAUUGAUCCUAAAGAUAGAAUAAAUAAAGAUACAGAAAACAUAAACUUGAAAGUUGGACUGCAAACCAAGGAAAGUCAUCUUACUGGGAAGGAAAAUGGAAUAAAAGAGACAUUUCCUUCAGAAGGGCACCCUAUAGAGAAUGAUAGUGUACAAGCUAGAAGUUGUUUUCCUUUGAUCACAUCUUCAAGAUCAAAGAAACAGUGUGAUGCUCCAAUAGGACAUAAAAUGCACUUGGCCAUUCCAAAUAGAAUUCCCCAGAUUGUAAAAGGUGAAGAUAAUUACUACACAGAUGGUGAGGAGAGCAGUGAUGAUGGGAAAAGACGCCAGGUCAGAUCCAAGUCAGUGAACCCAGCUAAUAACUUUAAAACAGGAGUAAAUAAAAAAUACCCCCAAAGUAGUUCCUCUUCCUCUUUGUCCUCCUCGUCUUCAAGUUCAGAUACAGAUUGUUCAUAUACAGGGUCUGAUGUCUAUAUAUCUGAUACUUCUCCAUCAUUAAAAAAAUGUGUUUCUGGUGCCAUCUCCUUAUCGCCUAAACAGAGACAUAAUUCAGGAAGAAAAUCAAGAGGAACACAGCUUAUAAAGGCGAAGCCGAAAGUUGACGACACUGAGGAAUCUGAAGAUACCGUGACUGACGUGACUCCGCUCUCAACCCCGGACAUCAGCCCUAUCCAGUCUUUUGAGCUGGCUGCAUCAAAUGAUCAAAAAGUAAAAGUUAAAAGGCAAGAAAAUGUGAGUCAAGAAGUUUAUGAAAAUGGUGAGGAUUUAAAGGAUAAUUCAAGACAUUUGAAAUCAUCCAGAAAAGGGAAAGAAAAGUGUGGGCCCUGUCUUACCUCAACCUCAAAGUCUUCAUCGUUGGAUUCCAAUUUAGACCAAAGAUAUAAACAGAAAGUCUUACAUGACACAAUGGACCUAAAUCAUCUUCUGAAAGCUUUCCUGCAGUUAGACAAAAAAGGACCACAAAGACAUCACAUGGAUCCACCCCCCGUAGCACCUAGGAAAAACUACUCUUUCACAAGAGAAGAGGUGAGGCAGAUUGACCUGGAAAACCAAAGGCUUUUGAAAGAACUGUCCAGACAGGCUGAAAAACCAGGAAGCAAAAGUACAAUUCCUAAGAGAUCAGCUGGUCAUCCCCCGAAGUUAUAUCACAGUGCUCUCAACAGACAGAGGGACCAGCAAAGGAUUGAACGAGAAAACUUGGCUUUAUUAAAAAGGCUGGAGGCUGUGAAGCCUACCGUCGGCAUGAAACGCUCAGAGCAACUGAUGGACUAUCAUCGCAAUAUGGGCUAUCUUAGCUCCUCACCCGUUUCAAGGCGAGUGAGGUCCACGCUGAGCCAGUACAGUCCGCUAAGAGGUGCUUCCAGGACAUCCAGUGCUACCAGUGGUCUCAGUUAUAAGAGUGAGCGAACCAGUUAUGACACAUCCAGUGGCCUGUUGCUAAGACCUAAGCCCUCUAAUGUCCGUGCAGCUUGGUUAUAAAACCUAUUUAUACUUCAUUGUUUAUCAGUUUUUAUUGAAGUACUCUUGUAUAUUAAUGUAAUUCUCUUUGCAAACAUCUAUAAUAUAAUUUUAUGAAAAUUAACAUGUGUAACAGUGAGUUAUAAUUUAUUGCAAUUCAGUGCAAAAUUGUUUUCAAGAAGACUUUAAAAUCAGUGUUUGAGAACUUGUUGAAAGCAGUUGUAUAGAGAAAUGGUAGAAUGCAUGUGUAUUUUCUCAGCAUACAAAUCGAUGCCCUUGUCUAUUGACAGGAUAGUGGUGAUGGGUGUGACUGCACAUUGGACCUAAGAGGUCUUAGCUAUGUAGUUUUCAGUUUCUUUCAUUUUUGAUAAGCUUUAAACUGGGAAUUUAGCCCCCAAAUUUGACUGACUUUGAUUUCUGUUUACUUCAGAACUUCCAUGGUGUAAUUCAUAGCUUGAUUGCAUAAUCGUUACACUUUCUUACGAUGAAACAAAUCUUGAAAUUAUUUUCGUUGGCGGAGCUGAUGCAUAGGUUGAUAGAAGCUUGUUCUGAGACUCUCAUGAUGCAUUCACUGCUUUUGAUUAAACACUGAGUUAAAACAUUCCACUCUUUAAACUGUGACAAUUGCAGCAUUCAACCUAGAAGUUCCUCAUCCAUGUUUUCUUGGAUUCCGGUGAAGUACUAUUAAUGAGUCUGAGAAGAGAGGAGGCUUUAGAAUUGCAGCCCAAUACACUAUGGAUAUUUUGGCCAAGGACCAGAUUAAUGAUAAAGUAAAAACAGUAUUUAUUGUUGAAUCGGCAAGGUGACACCACCAUUUUAAAAAGCCAAGGGGCAGACCCUGAGGUUUGUCAGAGCAGUGUUUUAAGGUAUACUUCAGCAUGUUGUGUUCUGAUUUAGUAUUUAUUGUAUUAAGGGAACACUGAGAAUCAGGAAUAAACAUAUUGCCUUAAGAUUUUAGUAAUUUAAGCUGUUUUGUAAGGACUUAAAAGAAAAACUGAAACAGUACCUGCAAAGAAAAGAACUAGCUCAUUUAUUGAGGUUACUGAUGGACCUGUCGGCUUCGUUUGGGUUCCUUAGUGGAAUCCUGAAGGUGUCAUUUUUGCCAGUGCCACAGUUAAAGGCAUACUGAUCUUGAUGGAAUUGGUUAUGGCAGAUAUCCUGUAAUAUAUUACACUUUGACAUUAGAAGAUUUCUCUCUAAAUCUGUAGGCAUUCACUUCACGCAGUAAUAUGUUCUCUCGGUUGGUUUUCCAUGCUGUCCUGCGGCCGUGUUUUCUGAUACUGGCCUUUACAGCAUGCCGUUAGAAUAUAUUGGAAGGUCUCCAUAGUAAAUGCCAAAUAUAUCUUUAAUAUGAAUUUGGGAUCUGUGGCCACUGUCAGAAGACUGGCUUCUUUGUUCUUCAGUAUUAAGCUCUGGGUGAAAUGUUGUAGCAUCCAUGUUGAACUUACUUUUGUAACACCUUUGGGAGUACAUCAUACUACAUUUUACAGAAUAUCAACUCAAAAUGUUUUGGUAUAGUUUGCAUUAAUAUAUUUUGUUUAGAAUAAAGCAUGUGAAGGGUAGGAACAUAGGGUAAAAGUUUCAAGUAAGCACAGCUUGGCUGUAAGAUUUUUUCCCUGCUUUUUAUGGGCUAUAGUUUCAUUAGAUGUUAUCUGAUGCUGUGUUCUGAUGAACAAAUUUACAUUAUUUAGUGCUCUGAUUUGUAUAUAAACCAUGGCUAUACUCAACCAAGGCUUUAUUUUUUAACUUAUUGUGCUUUUAAUAUUUGUAUAACACCAUAUCUCCAAGAAGACAUAAGAUACUGCUAAAUUUAAAUUCAGCAACUACACAUCUGCCUAUGGUGAAAUAAUAAACUUUUUAAUAUUUGAUUUUUAAGUAGUUGGGGAAAUACGUGCGCACACACACACACACACACACACACACACGGGACCUUUUGUGUUUUCUCGUGGCACUAGUCUGAGUACAUUCUGUUGUAUGAUCUUUGCUGCCAUAUGUCAGGAUAGAACUUGGGUGAAACUGUACUCUUUAGACACACUUAAUGCUUUUAGUUUUUGCUGUUUUGGAAGAGAAAAUCAUUAAGUAUUACUGUUACAGAUUAAACUUGAAGUAAAAGUUGGGAAGGGAAAUAAUACUUGCCUAUUUAAAACAGAAUUUACAAUUCUUUUGUCAUGGUUGAUUAUAUAUGAUGACUUUCUGAUAAUAGUCAAGGGAUUUAGAAGUUGGUGUGGCUUAAAAGGGACAUUUUUCUGAAGGAAUCAUAUGUAUAUUACUCUUAGAGCAUAAAAAGUGAAAGAUCAUCUAGUACUACUUUAUAUUUGGCUCACUUGUAUUAAAUAUUUAUAUUUUGAAAACAAAGCUGCAAUAAGAAAGACCAAUAAGAGGUCUAGAAUUAGUAGAACAAAUUCUUACUGAGAUACUUUCAUCUGUCACAUAUUACAUUAAUGUUGCCACCUCUUUAAUAUUCUUUGAAAUAUUUUGAACUAUUAAAAUUAUUUCUUGAGGGAUAGCUGGUAUCUCAUACUUCUUACUUUUUUCAGUCUUCAUAAAACACUGCUUUUUAAAUAAAGUGUUCUAGUUUGCUUAUUAUACAUUUAGGGUAGUGCAGUGUGUUUGCUUGUUUUAAUCUGUGAACUCAAAGUGUUCAAAAAUGUAAAUUUUUAAAAAAGAAAAACUUUUUAAGAGACAAUUGUGAUGGGUAUGAUUGUGUACCUCAUCUACAGUUAAGAGUAACAUAAAGCUGGAGAUGAGUUUGUUACAUUCUAAUCAUUCAAUUUAUAAAAUGGUUAAUAUCUUAAAUCCCAAAUCUUAAAUCUAUAAAUUAUUGUGUACCACCUUAAAAAAUGUGCUUCUUGCUAGGACUACUUUAGAUAUAUGAAGAUUGCCACAUUUUUUACACAAACAGCAUGGUAAGUCUUAUUUUGAUUGCUGUUAGCUGUUCAAAUCCCUUGCAUGUUAUUUUUCCAAUAUACAUAUUCAUGUGUGUGCAUUAUUUGUGAAAAAGAUAUGAUAAUUCAAAACUUAAGUAUGAAUGUUCAUUUUUAAUUUCCCAACCUAUUCUGAUAUUUUUAGGCAUGAAUAAUUAUCUGGUAUAAUGAAGAAUGAAAUAAUAGAAUAAAGGAUAACAUUUUAAAUUC